UUGCUUUAGGAGGUUAGAGCUGUACGCAGGAAGCUCCUCGCAGCAGCAGCAGCGCCUCAUACCGACACUCGGAGAGGAAGAUGGCGGCGGUCGAGCGUCCGCCUGCGAAGGAGGCGGUUCGGAUCGCGCUCCUUUGUACAUGCUGGUACGCGGUCAGCUCAGGCGGCAACGUCAUCAAUAAAAUCAUCCUGAACGGCUUCCCGUACCCAGUCACCGUGUCGCUUUUCCACAUCUUUUCUAUCGUGCUGUUUCUGCCGCCGUUACUGCGCGCUUGGGGCGUCCCGAAAUGUGAGCUACCGGCCACAUAUUACCGCUGGUACAUCCUGCCUUUAGCGUUCGGUAAAUAUUUCUCUUCUGUGUCGGCUCACUUCAGUAUAUGGAAAGUUCCAGUGUCCUACGCUCACACCGUAAAAGCCACCAUGCCAAUAUGGGUCGUGCUCUUAUCACGGAUAAUUAUGAAGGAGAAGCAAACCACAAAGGUCUACGUCUCUCUCAUACCAAUCAUAGGUGGUGUCCUAUUGGCCACAGUGACUGAGCUUUCGUUCGAUGUGUCGGGAUUAGUCAGUGCUCUGGCGGCGACGCUUUGCUUCUCUUUGCAAAACAUAUUCUCAAAAAAGGUUUUGCGUGACACGAGGAUACACCACCUCCAUCUGCUCAACACUCUUGGCUUCAAUGCAGUUUUGUUCAUGCUGCCCACUUGGAUUUUAGUUGACCUGUCUUCAUUUCUGGUGGAUGGAGACUUUUCAGAGGUUUCCAACUGGAGCGGAACAAUUGUGCUGCUCAUCCUGAGUGGUUUCUGCAACUUUGCGCAGAACAUGAUUGCCUUUAGUGUGUUGAACCUAGUCAGUCCCCUCAGCUACGCGGUUGCUAACGCUACGAAGAGGAUAAUGGUAAUCAGCAUAUCACUACUGAUGCUGAGAAACCCUGUCAACAUGUCCAACAUCUUGGGGAUGAUGACUGCCAUCCUUGGUGUCUUUCUGUACAACAAGGCGAAAUAUGACACCAGCCAAGAAGCAAAGAAGAAAUUGCUGCCAGUUGCUUCACAGGACUUGGUUUCAUUUGACGCGCCUCAGUCUAACGGUUCGGUGUCCUCGAAACAAGGCUCAGAAUUUCAGUAUGGCCGGACCAACAUGCUCAGCGACCACUUUCAGUACAGCAGGCAAACCUACACAAUGAACUACACCUCCAACCAAUACGUCGUCUAAGUGGACAAACUGAUAAAUCAACCUGUUUUAACUGUAAAAGGACACCGUAUUUAGUACGGAACUUGCUUUUUCUGUGCCAGAUCCUCGUAUUUAUUUCACUCAAAUUUUUAUUUUAUUAUUUUUUUUCAGUAGUUUACAAAAAAAAAACCUCACUAAUUGAGGGUGCAAAUCAGCCUGGGUGGAAUACAUUUGUGGGCUAAACAUCAUAAUGUUCACUAUUAUUGUUUUGUGUAUGAAUUGAAGGUGUUAUGGCUGCUCUUUUUUUUUUCUUUUUUUCUUUCUUUUUUUUUUUCUCCCCUUCUCUCCUUCAAUGCCUCAGACAUUCUAAUUGUACACACUGGGACAACAUGCAUUAUGAUUGUCCAUAGAAGACAAUUUCCUAUAUUCGGAUAAUUUGGAAUAGUGCUUCUAUUUGUAAAUAUUUUCAUGUAUUUAUUUUUGUAGAGGUUCUGGAUGAGGCAUAUCAUGGAGAUUUUGAAUGUGUAAUGCCUGUUAAAGGCAUGCUCUUGACGUGCUCGGUACUUUCUUGGUCAUCAGUAUUUGCGCGCCAGUACAAAUCAUUAUACGGACCCAUAGGAAUUAGGCUCAUUUGUGUUGUUUAUGUUUCGGACUUUAGCGGGCAAGGGUUUUAUUUUAUUAUUUUUUUUUAAAUGGCUGUUUUGAGUGAGUGAACUGUAUGCAAUGCUGAAUGAAAUUGAUGUUAUAGAUAACUGAAUAUAUCUAUAACAUUCCAAUCUAUAGCUGAAUAGGUGCACUUCUUUGGUAGAAAGCUGCAGUGCAAUUUUACAAUCUUCACCACGACAGUCUUCAGUACAUUUGGGUUGCCAGAUUAUUCCUCAGUGCGUUGUAUACAUUCAUUCUCAUCGUAAAUAAAGACAAUAGUCAUGUUUUUGUUUUUUCUUUUUAAAACACUAUAAGGAAUCUUUCUUCGGAACGCAUGUUCAGUUGUGUUUUGGAAAUGUUUCUACACAUGAUCAUGAGAAAGAUGUGUUCUUUGCAAAAUAUCAUGUGUAGCUGAAUGUUUUAGCCUCUGAGGGACUGCCUCAAGAGAUGAUGAAUAAGUGAAAUGAUUUCAAUUACGGUCAAAUCCAUUUUAAGUAGCAUAUAGUACUUGUAGUAUAGUUGGGUAGAAGGAUUAUGUAUAUUUGAUUUUUUAUAUAUAUAAAAAGAACACGGAUGGCAAGACCUACUGUUUUUGUCACUCGUUUGCCUCAGUCUGUCAUUGUCACUCGAUGGCCUUGUAAGGAAUAAAUUAUAGUGUAUAAGCGUAAUAUUUUUUUCCAGAAUAUUUAAUUUACAGCUAUAAUUCUGUUGAAUGUUUUUUUUUGCACAAGUAUUCACUGUUGGUUCUUCUUCAUAAAGCUUUCAGAAUUCAUUUGUAGGUGUUUGCUUUUGUCUGAAUCGAGGAAAAAGGCUCCACCAUCGGUUAAAACUAACGUGUCUGACUGCCGGGAAGUUAUACACAAAUGUUUAAUAAAGAGCAUGUAAAUUCUUCUCUAAA